AUGGCUGCUGAGGCUGCUGCCUAUGAGGCUUCUAAGAACACUAUGGUCGAGGCUACUGGUAUGGCUGCUGCUACUGCUACUACUGGUGUUGAGGGUACUGCUGCUAAUGCUGCUUACUUCGAGGAGGGUGAGGAAUGGACUGGAGCUACUGGUGGUGAUUGGGCUGCUGCCAGUGCUGAUCAAUGGUAG